AUGGAGCACUCCCCCUCUCUGAACCUGUCUGGCCCAGACGGUGAAGAUGCAGAGGACCCACUGCGCCCUCUUCUUCCUCCCAGGAUAAUUCUACAACCUCAGGCCUGCUCCUCUCACUGCGGCAUACACCACACUGCCCAGCCACCGCCUGACCCCUCUCUAUGGCUGGACAGGACCCAAGCCAUGGCCACAACACCCCUUUACAACGGACACAUGUAUUUCACACCAUCCCCGUGUCCCAGCAGGAAAACCAAAGGCAGAGAUAAGAGCAGGAAAUCCAAGAGUCCAGGACACAAAAGUAAAAGUAAGAAUACAAGCAGUUCACAUCGGAUGCAAGAAAGGGUGACUUCUUUCACGGACGUUCCGCUCUCUCAGGCUGGGUCACCGUACCAGGGGCUCUGCAGGCCUUCUAUGGACCCCACAGAAGGUGACAGCAGAGUUUGUAGCAUUUCCGAAAACGUAGAAAUGCACGAACGCCAGACACUGCCCGAAAUAAUCAUCACGACCAGAGACGAAGAGCCGCAGCCGCAAUCCCAGCAUCCACCGCACCCACCGCAACCGGAAGUGAAGACUCUGCUGCCCAGUAAACUCAGGCCCAAGCCCAACCCGCUCAAUAUCAGCCCCAAGUCCAAAUCCAACGACGACCCGUACUGGAGGACCCAUAACAUCGGGUGGCGUCUGGUCCAUAGGAGAAGCCUAUUUUUGAGAAGGCAGCGGCUGAACGACUGCGCUCUGGCGGUGGGGAUAUUUGGGGUGGUGCUGAUGGUGAUGGAGACCGAGCUUUCCUGGAGCGUCUACAGUAAGAGUUCUCUGUACUCUCUGAUCCUGAAGUCCAUCAUCAGCGUUACCACGGUGAUCCUGGUGGGACUAAUUGUCGCCUACCACUGCUGCGAAGUACAGUUGUACAUCCAUGACAUCGGAGCGGAGGACUGGCGCAUCGCCAUGACGUCCGAGCGCGUGGCUCUGAUCGUGCUGGAGCUGGUUUCCGUGGCGAUCCACCCGUACCCCGUGGGUUUGGUGGCGUACUUCCAGGAGAACCGUCCGCGGCCGUCGCUCUCGGAGACGGAGCUGGAGAUCGUGUUGGCGCUGCCCAUGUUCCUGCGCCUGUAUCUGUUGGGCCGCGCCCUGAUGCUCCACAGCCGCCUCUUCACUGACACCGCCUCCCGCAGCAUCGGAGCACUCAACAAGAUUCACUUCAACACGAGGUUUGUCGGGAAAACUCUGAUGACCAACUAUCCCGGGACAGUGCUCAUGAUCUUCAGUGUGUCUCUGUGGAUCGUGGCCGCGUGGGGUCUGCACGUCUGCGAGAGACACCAUAACUACCGUGACCUGAGCAGUAACUACAUGGAGGCUCUGUGGAUGGUGUCGGUGACUUUCCUGUCCAUUGGUUACGGAGACGUGGUGCCGCACACGUACUGUGGCCGCAGCAUCUGUCUGCUCACCGGGAUCAUGGGGGCGGGCUGCACGGUGCUGGUCGUGGCCGUGGUUGCCAGGAAACUGGAGCUGACUCGAGCCGAAAAACACGUCCACAACUUCAUGAUGGACUCCCACAUCACAAAGAGGAUAAAAAUUGCUGCUGCGAAUGUUCUGCGGGAGACGUGGCUGAUCUACAAACACGCCAAGCUCAAGAGUCACAAAGACCAGACCCGAGUCCGAGACCAUCAACGGAAACUGCUGCUGGCCAUACACCAACUGCGGAGGGUCAAAAUGGAGAAGAGGUGUCUGGCCGACCAGGGCAACUCUCUGGUGGAUAUAAUGAAGAUGCAGACGCUGAUGUACGACGUGCUGACCGAGGUGCAGGGCUGUCGCGAGGACAUGGACAACCACAUCCUGGGCCUGGUCAAGAACGUGGAGGAGCUCCGCGAGGGCUUCCGGAUCCUCAUGCCCCUGCUCUCCAGCACCCUGUCCACCCAGAACUCCUCCAUCAGGCACCUGCUGCGGGAGAGGGAGGGGCAGGAGGGGGGCGGGGCCGGGGGGGGUAGGGGGCGGGGCCGGGGGGGUAGGGGGCGGGGACAGGUAGAAGAGUCGGAACAGGGGCUGGAAGAAGAGACUGGACUGGGACUAGUGUGUCCAAGAGCGAACUACAGAAAGGCUUAA